AUGUCCGUACCAUUCCCAACACAAGACUCGUUUGCGAGGCCGUUCGAACCGAUGGGACAACCUCUCAUCCAGGGAGGUGACAGGCGCGAGUAUCUCCCCGUACCGAGUCCGAACCCACACGAGCACCAGCGCCCACGACACCACUCCCAGAACUCGCACAACGACGGACACCAUCACUCCUCGACAUCUCGCUCUCGUCACCACUCGCGCACAGAGUCGCAUGGACAUGAACACCACCACCACCACCGCUCGCACUCUCGCGAUCGCACUCACUCGCAUGGACACUCGCAUUCCCAUUCAAGGCCGAGACAUCACAGCAGCAGCGGGAAGAACCAAGCACCAGUGAUCGUCGUCCCCGCGCCGCAACUGACUUCCCGUACGCAUUACUCCGAGCCGCAUGUGCAGCACCCACAGUACUACGCGCCGCCGAUGGCCGCGACAAACACCUACGGACCGCCGGUGUCUUCGCCAUACACCGCAUCGUCUUUCGCCCAGCCUCUACCGCAUGGCGCGCCGGUGUAUGCAGGGUCGCAGGUACCGGCCUACGCUGGGUCGGCGCAACAUGAACGAGUUCCCGUGUAUGCGGGGUCUUCUACCCAUGGGCAGUAUGGAAGCUUGGGAUCGUCGUACCAGCCCCCAAGAAGUAUGCCGAUGGCGGAACCCUCAGUGCCCCGGGAUAUGCACUUGUUCAGAACGCACCGACGCACGUACUCGCAACCCACACAUCAACCGAUGCAGCAGCCAGUCCAGCAGCGGCCGCAGCAAAAGCACAACCACUCCUUCAUGCACCCGCUCUUCAAGCUUUCGCGUUGUACGGGGCGGCGCAAGGCCGUGUGCAUCGGCGUGAACUAUACAGGCACCGCGGAGGCGCUCGAGGGAUGUGUGAACGAUGCCAAGAACAUGUAUCACUUUUUGACGGAGAGAGGGUACCCGAAGAAGGACAUUUUGUACUUGGUGGAUACAAGCAAUGAUCCACGGUCGAGGCCGACGAGGGAGAAUAUGCUGGCAGCAAUGAGGUGGUUGGUGAAGGACGCCCAGCAGGAUGAUGCUUUAUUCUUCCAUUACUCUGGACACGGAGGACAAGUACGUGAUCGCGAUGGAGAUGAGGCGGAUGGGAUGGACGAGGUUAUCUUCCCGGUCGACUACAAGACGGCAGGUAUCAUCGUCGAUGAUCUGCUACACGAGAUCCUCGUCAAACCUCUCCCACCCGGCUGUCGCCUCACGGCCCUCUUCGACUCUUGCCACUCGGGCUCAAUCCUCGAUCUUCCGUAUCUCUAUCACUCGAACGGCCGGCAAAAGGGUAGCGACGUAACUGCGGCGUUCAAGAAGCAACGCAUGACACCUGCGGACGUGAUCACCUGGAGCGGUAGCGCGGAUAGUCAGACAAGCGCGGAUACGGUGCAGAAUGGGCUGGCCGUGGGCGCGAUGAGCCAUGCUUUCGUGAAGAUCCUCAAACGGAAUCCGAACAUCAGCUACCAGGACAUGCUGAAGGGCGUCAGGGAUGUACUGAAGAACAAGUACAGCCAGAAGCCGCAGUUGUCGAGCUCUCAUCACAUUAACACGAACAGUCGCUUCAUCAUUUAG